AUGGACCCGGCACAGGUUCCCAGCUCUGUGGACCAGCGAGGUGUGGAGGGCUGUCCCAGGCACGUGCACCAAGGGGUGCGAACGCGGGGAGGUGCGGCCGAGCUGCGCAGAAUCGCAGCUCUCCAUUCUGCCUGGUGGGAGGACGGCACCAAGAUCGGGGCACCGGUGACCUUCAAAGAUGUGGUUGUCACCUUCACCCGGGAGGAGUGGGAAUUAUUGGACCUGCCCCAGAGGACACUGUACUGGAAGGAGCAAGUCUCUCCAGGAGAUGGUCUCCUGGAGUGUGAAUCACAUAGACCAAGGAAAGACCCCUUGAUUCAUGGAGGGAAGAAAUCCUACAAAUGCAAGGAAUGCGGGAAAGAGUUUAUCAAGAAUCACUUCCUUCUUCAACAUCAGUGGAUUCACACUAGAGUAAAACCCUAUAAAUGCAAAAGGUGUGGGAAGGCCUUUCUCAAGAAGGCAGACCUCACAGAACACCAGCGGGUUCACACUGGGGAGAAGCCCUAUGUGUGCAUCGAAUGCCGGAAGGCGUUCAGCCGCAGGUCACACCUCAAGGAGCACCAGCGGAUUCACAGUGGAGAGAAACCUUAUGCAUGCAGUGAAUGUGGGAAGGCCUUUGCCCGCCACUCUGAUUUUAUACGCCAUAAUAGAACCCACACUGGAGAAAAACCCUUUGAGUGUAAAGAAUGUGGGAAAGCCUUUUGUAACAGCUUUUCUGUAACUCGACACAUGAGGUGUCAUUCUGGGGAGAAGCUCUAUGAGUGCAGUGAGUGCGGAAAGACCUACAGCUACAGCUCAACCCUCACUACUCAUAAAAAGAUUCACAGUGGAGGAAAAUCCUACAAGUGUAAGAGAUGUGGGAAGACCUUUGACCAGAAGGCAGGCCUCAGUCAACAUCAGAGAACUCAUACUGAGUUCUUCUUAAAGAGGCCUUUUUAA